AUGCAUCACGCUCUGAAAGUCGACGAUAUCGUCUACGAGAUCCUGCAAUAUGUCAAGCUCUCCAAGUCGGACUUGCAUAGUAUGGCAAUGACCUGCUCCACGUUCUCAUCACCUGCUCUCGACAUGCUGUGGUGUCAACAGGACAGUUUGAUACCCCUCGUGAAGUGUCUCCCGCAAGACACUUGGAAUGUCCGUUAUGAUGGCACUAUUAUUUUUUCACGCGAACCGCUACUCCCGGAAUGGGAGCGUGUCAGAAUCUAUGCGGCAAGGAUACGCAAGCUUACGGUCACGCAGUACGAUCGUUCCCCGAAACUAAGUGGCCCUGUCCUACGGCAACUUUUCGCGCUGUUCCCGCCCGCGAUGCUCUUUCCUAGAUUGCGCACAUUGGAUUCCAAGGCGGUGUAUCUGGAUUGGGUAGACUUUGAUCCAGCCUUCUUCUUAUCUCUGCUUCGCCAGUUCUUCUUGCUUGAACUGGAAAACCUCAAAUUUGAGAUACCGGACGGCGCCACAGCAUACGAGGUACAGCAACUUUUUGGUGAUCUUUCUACAAACGCGUCUUGCUUGCGACAAUGGGCGAUUCAUUACCCCCACCAGCUCCUUCCGUUUGUAGUCCCUAAGCUGCCGAAGUUAAAUGGAUUGACUAUUGGCCGAAUCUCCACGAAUUUAAUGAGGCAAAAUAUUGCCAAUAUCCAGCAUUCGCGUUGUCUCCAAACCCUGACUUUAACAGUUGAUGGGUCAAACAAAAUGGAAAUCCAACCGCCAGGCGAUAUGCCACUUGAAUUCGGUGCCCUCGAAAAUCUCAAACUCUCUGGCGUCCGCUUGGCACAUUGCAAAUCCUUCCUUGAUCAAGUUGCCAUGCCACAAUUGGCAGUCCUCGAAAUUCACUAUUUUGGAGCUGCUAAACCAGCCGAAAUCACCGGGCUCAUCAAAUCCUUAUCUACGGCUUGCAACACAAUUGCAUUCCUGAAAGAGAUCACUGUGGUCGCCCAUUCGCAUCACAACUGGAACCAUCUUGAGCCUGGCGACCAGCUCCAUUCCAACAUCUUUCGGCCUUUACUGAAGUUCAGAAGCCUGCACUGUGUCCAGUUCAUGAACAUAGGAGAAUACUGCCUUGAUGACGAGUUCCUCGAGGAUAUUGCUGUUGCGUGGCCGGAUCUUCGUAUGUUGAAAUUUGCCGCAGAAACGCAUGCCCGUGGUCGGGUCACCCUUACUGGAAUGCUUUCGUUGGCGACAAGGUGCAAGUCCUUGCGAUUCCUGCAAUUAACAUUCGAUGCCAGGCAUUUUCCGACACUUCCCCGUGCACCGGAUGGAAACCUGGAACUUUGGACCAUGCAAACAACCCUCCGCUGGCUGCAUGUCGAAUGCUCGAAGGUCUCGGAGGCAUCACAUCUUCAUCUCUUACUGGCUGUGUUGUUCCCAAAUCUAGCCUGUCUCUACUAUAGUCCCCAUUGCUCAGGCGCUGAUCCGGCGUGGGGUCGAUUAAAGACUGCAUGGAGAAACCUGAAGAUUCGGCGGAAAAAAUAUCCAUACUAUGCAGUCUCCUGGUCAAACACGCUCCUGCAGCUACAGCCUGGGUUGGAUGGCGAAAUGAGAGAUGAAGAAGGGGAAGGGGAGGAGGGGAGGAGGGGGAGGAGACCGAUGACGAGUACUUACCUUGAGGAUCAACAGGAGGUCUCAGUGUGA